ACUCCAUCAUCACAUCCCUGAACGUGAGCAGUGUAGCUGAGGAGCACUUCUUUAAAACCCGACACUUCUGUGGAGUUGCUUCCCCUGCGCGUCUGAGAGUCGGAGGAAGGGGAGAAGCAUUCCCCAGAAUCUCUUUUAACGAUGGAGACCCGUCUGGUUGUAUUCCCUGGCGCUCACUUUACUCUUUCUACCUGGCUUAUUCUUUCCUUCUUGUGUGUUUUUCCAAAUAUAAAGGCAGAAAUAAGUUGCGCGCCAUGUAUGUCGCCAAUGCAAGUGAAUUACGCAGGGGAUGAGCAUCUGCGUGACCCGCCUGAUUCUGGGAAAUAUCCGAGACAGGAUCAAAAGAAACCCAAGCUGAUCACAGUUCUUUACCCGAAUGUUGGAGUACCCACUGAAUUAGAGGUGGAUGGUUUUCCAGGGAUCGCGCCGAAACUGAUAAGAAACGCAGAGGGGAUACACUCACGUGCGCCUUUGGAGAACUUCACAGAGUCCGCUUUAGAUGAAGAAUUGUUUUCGGAUGAAUAUGUGAAAAGUGAAACCGAAUUGGAAUCCGAGGACGUCGCAUUCGGGAGAGCCAAAAGAAGCGUGCCUGAGUUUCUGGAGAGCGCGCGGAGCGCUGAUGCUCGCUCGGAGGAGCAGAGAAAAUCCUCCGGUCUGCGGAUGGAUGGACAGAGUAAACGCGCCGAAGUUCGCUGGAACAAGGAUGAUGAGCACGAUGGCAGAGAAUCGGAUUCCAGACCAGACGAACCCAAACUGACCAGCAGCACUUUUGCUCUGGCUGGAGACUCCGCACACAACCACGCAGUCGUGUACUGGACUGGAAAAAACAGCAGUGUGAUUCUGAUUCUCACCAAGCUGUAUGAUUUUCACCUUGGCAGUGUAACGGAAAGCACUUUAUGGAGAUCAACCGAUUAUGGCAGCACUUAUGAGAGGCUGAAUGAUAAAGUGGGAGUCAAGACUGUUUUGAGUUACCUCUAUGUCUGCCCUACCAACAAGAGAAAGAUAAUGGUGCUGACUGACCCAGAGUUUGAAAGCAGUGUUCUCAUCAGCUCGGAUGAAGGUGCCAGUUAUCAGAAGUACCGCUUGAACUUCUUCGUCUUAAGUCUUCUUUUCCAUCACACACAAGAGGACUGGGCUUUGGCUUACAGUCACGAUCAAAAGUUGUAUAGCUCAUUUGACUUUGGCCGAAAGUGGCAGCUAGUUCAUGAGCGAGUGACUCCAAACCGCUUCUACUGGUCAGUAACCAGUCUGGACAAGGAGUUAGAUCUGGUGCACAUGGAGGCCCACACUCCUGAUGGCCAUUGUCAGUAUGUGACAUGCAGAGCUCAAGCCUGCUCGGAAUCCAGUAGGACAUAUCCAUUUUCUGGUUAUAUUGAGACCAACUCUCUCGUGGUUCAAGAUGAAUAUGUGUUUGUUCAGGUGACGACUACUGGCAGAGCAAGCUACUAUGUAUCCUAUCAAAGAGAACCUUUUGUACGCAUUAAAAUCCCCAAAUACUCCCUGCCCAAGGACAUGCAUAUCGUGAGCACAGAUCAAGGUCAGGUUUUCACCGCUGUCCAGGAGUGGAACCAGAACGAUACCUACAACCUGUACAUAUCUGACACGCGUGGGGUAUACUUCACCUUGGCCCUGGAAAACGUCAGGACCAGCCGUGGCCUUGGAGGCAACAGCAUGAUCGACCUUUACGAGGUAGCAGGGAUUGAAGGUAUGCUCCUCGCUAACAGGAAGGUGGAGAACCAGGUGAAGACGUACAUUACUUAUAACAAGGGCAGAGACUGGAGGCUUUUGCAGGCGCCCCCUACUGACCUGGCAGGAAAUCCCAUUCAUUGUGUGCUGCCGUUUUGCUCGCUGCAUCUACAACUGCAGAUGUCAGAGAACCCGUACCUCUCAGGCUCCAUCUCCACUAAGAGCUCAGCGCCGGGAGUCAUCGUGGCUACAGGAAAUAUUGGCUCUGAGCUGUCUUACAAUAAUGUGGCGAUGUUCAUUUCAUCAGAUGCAGGCAAUAACUGGAGACAGAUCUUUGAGGAAGAGCACAACGUGUGGUUUUUGGACAAAGGUGGAGCUUUGGUUGCCGUGAAGCAGCCCACUGUGCCCACUAGACAUCUUUGGAUCAGCUUUGAUGAGGGUCGUCAGUGGACGCGUCACAGUUUCUCAGCCAUGCCGCUGUUUGUGGAUGGUGUUCUGGUGGAGGCAGGUGCAGAAAAUCAGAUCAUGACGUUUUUCGGACACUUCAGUCAUCGUUCUGAAUGGCAGCUUAUUAAAAUUGACUACAAGUCCAUAUACACCAGAAGGUGCACAGAGGGAGACUACCAAACUUGGCACCUGCAUAACCAGGGUGAGCCGUGUAUAAUGGGUCAAAAGCAGAUAUACAUGAAACGUCGUCCCGGAAACUACUGCAUGGUGGGAUGGGAAAACUCCAGGAUCUUGUCUGCAGAACCCUGCAUCUGCAGAGCACACGACUUUGAAUGUGAUUAUGGUUUUGAGAGAAGAGGGAUUGGAAACUGUCUUCCUGCAUUUUGGUUCAACCCUUCUACAUUGUCUCGAAGCUGUAGCCAAGGACAAAACUACCUCAACAGCACUGGGUAUCGUAAAGUGGUUGCGAAUAACUGCACGAAAGGAGUGAAGGAGAUGUACACAGCCAGGAAACAGCAGUGUCCGUACCGCCCCCCAAGAGGUUUAGUUCUGACGACCCGUGACGAUAAACUCACAGCCAACAUGGGCAGCAAUGUGACCUUCCUGGUGCGGCUCGAGGAGGGCGACUCUAUGAGGACAAACAUUCAGCUGGAUUUUGGAGACGGUACGGCUGUGUCCUACUCCAACCUGAGCUGGACGCAGGAGGGCAUCAGACACGUGUACCACAGUGCUGGGAUCUUUAGAGUAACAGCGCAGGCGGAGAACAACCUCGGGUUCGACACCUCAUCCCUCUACCUGCAUGUGACAUGCCCUGUAGAGCAUAUUCAGCUGCUGGCUCCAUAUGUGGUCAUUAAGAAUAAGGAGGUGAACUUGACGGCAGUGGUCUGGCCUUCUCAUUUCAGAACGCUCACCUAUUUCUGGUGGCUGGGGAACAACACGGAGCCCAUAAUUACGUUGGACAGCAGUGUUUCCCACACGUUCGGCACUGAGGGCAUGAUCACCGUCACUGUUCAGAUCUCGUCAGGAGACUCUAUACUACAGGACACCAGAAGCAUCACCAUACAAGAAUUCUUCAAAUCGCUUCUUUUAUCUUUCUCUCCGAAUCUGGACGAGGCCAACCCUGACAUCCCGGAGUGGAGACAGGAUGUGGGUCGGGUAAUUAAGAAGGCUGUUCUCCAAGUCGCUGACAUUCCAGAAGAGCAGCUGCUGGUGGCCGUGUUUCCAGGCAUUCCGACUGGCGCCGAACUCUUCCUGCUUCCUCCUCCUAGGAACCAAUCGGAUGGCAGGAAACAGACCGAGGAGGAUCUGGAGCAGAUCUCAGAAAUCCUGGUUAAUGCACUGAAUCAGGUCUCUGUGGAGUUCGAGUUGAAACCUGGCUCCCGGGUCAUCGUUUACAUCACGCAAUUAACUUUAGCUCCACUGGUUGACUCCAUCCCGAGACACAGCAGUUCUGCUAUGCUGAUGCUUCUGUCUGUGGUGUUUUUGGGUUUAGCUGUAUUUCUUAUCUACAAAUUUAAGAGAAAAAUCCCCUGGAUUAACAUCUACGCGGAGGUGAACCAUGAGAAAGAGCAGGAGAUGAUCAGUACGGUGGGCCAGAAUGACGCCACACCAAAAAUCACCCUGAGUGAGUUCUCCACCCAGAAAGAACUGAUGGAGAAAGAGCUGGAGGCCCGUGCCAAACGCGGUGUGAUCAACACCUGUGAAAGCACAAGGGAGAUCCCGAACUGCACGAGUGUCUGAAAACUUCAGGAAAGAAGCUGGAGGCAUAUUGUAAUAAUGUGUACAGAGGUAUCACAAUUUUAAAGGUUGACAGUUUUCCUUUUUUGCUCUUUUUGUAAUUUCAAAACACUGUCAUUGUUAAUAGUUUUCUAAGGAGUUCGGAUGUGCAUGGGUGUCUUGUUUGUUAUGAUCUGUGUGGGAUAUAAGGAUCGACUUAAACUGUACAAGUUGCUGAAAACAUUUUUUGGUUGAGAAAUGAGGAAAAUUUGCCAACAUUUGAAAUUCCAAAAGUUUUGUUCUGAAUAUUACAGAGCAAUGAGCAUAAUGGAAAAUUGGGAGGAAAGCCACUACAUCGCUCUCGGGUUUUCCCAGUGCAUUCCUUUUGAAUGUUAUUGAAUUUGUUAGCCUGAGUCAGAUGGGUUUUUCCAGAUUGACAUUGUGGAGGAAAAAAGUGACUUUUAGUAUCAAACAAUUGUGAUUUUUUUGGGGGGUCAGAACUUAUUUAUGCCAAGUUCGUUUAACUGUUCAAACUAAUUUUUCACACAUUGUGAAGAGUACAUUUAGUGUCUAUAUUAAUUUUGGGUUUUUAAUCUCUUCAGUAGGUCAUGUCAUUUUUAUAUUUGUUAUAACUGAGGGAACAAAAUUGCAGCUGAAGCAUGCAAACAAGCCAACAAUGUUUAUAUACCCCUCUAUAUUACAGCUUUGCCUUCAUGUGAGCAAUUCUACACUGCAAUCUUCUAAAUUGGUGGUUGUUGAAACAUUUCAACUUUUAAUUACACAUUUCUCUUGCCUAUCUAGCCUUCACAUAAAGGUGAAGAGAUGUGGACUCAAAUGGGAACUUUUCAGUCCAGAUGUGAGAUUCCUUUCCAAAAGCACUGUGAUAAAAUGUCAAUUUGGAGGCAAGCUUUUUGUACAGUACCUCUACAAAGCAGGAAUAUAACUAUUAAGAAUCACGUCUCUAUAGCAAAGCUUUUUUUUGGAGCUCAAAUUUAGUUAAAAGUCCAUGAAAUAUCAAACGUUGAGAAUGUUUUGUGGAAUAAAUCUCUUGAUAUACAACCAUAGACACAAAAGAGCUUGAUAUUUUUCUGGAAAAUGUUAUAAAUCUAACAUGCCUUCAGAUAAAUGUAAUUUCUUGUAAGCUCCUCAUAUAUACUGUCCAUGUGUACUUCAUGAGUCUGUUUUUUUUUUUUUUUUUUUUUUUUUUUUUUUUUACAUUUAGCUUGUUCUUUUGAAAAUUUUCUAGAUAAAUGGCUUAAAGAAUCAUUUUGCUUUUUAAGUGAAUGCCUUACAAAUAAGAAUGCCUUUUCAAUAAUGUGUCUCAUGAUAGCUGGCUUCGCUCAAAUGUUAACACAGCCAUGAUUUAGAUAAUAUUAUUAUUAUUUUAUUUUUAAUUUUUUUUUUUUACAUGCAUUUUUUAUGUGUCUCAUCUCCCAGGCAUUGGGAAAAAAACACAUUGAAUUGUACAAUAUUAUCAAUAGGUCUGAAGUUUUAAGUUAUUUGUAUAUACAGCAAGUGUGUUUCAUUUCAUGAUCUUAUACUGUAAAUAUAAUAGUGAAGACUGGACUUCACUGGACACAGUCUGAUAUUCAUUUCAGAAAGAGGGUGAAUCAUUGAUGUGCUGUAGAUACGCCAGUGCUGUAAAUAGUUUAUUAUUAUUAUUAUUAUUAUUAUUGUUGUUGUUAUUAUUAUUAAUUCAUUUUACAAACACACACACAUACACACAAAGUAAAUACGUAUUGCAUAUGCUUCAAUGUUGCCAUUUUGGAUUUUGACCUCAGAUUUAAAGUUGAAUCUAUAGGGACCAGUGUUUCAGUAUAUCGUCAGACAUUUUGUAUAGGAGUUGAUCGCCUGUGUCACACAAAAUGAAUCUAAUUCAUGAAUAAUAAGCGGGUGGUUUCUUAGAUCCCAUUGUAAAUGUGUAGCAAUAUUUCAGCAUAUAAGUGACUUUGGCCAAAAUAACUCUCCAAACAAUUAAUAACUGUUCUACUCAAUCAGUGAUAUAUUACAGUACAAACUGAAACAUUGUGCUUCUUCAUUUUCAGGUAAAAAAUGUUUUAUGAGCAGUGUUGGGGGUAACGCAUUACAAGUAACCGUAAUACGAGUUACGUAAUCAGAUUACUUUUGUCAAGUAACUAGUAAAGCAACACAAUACUUUUUAAUUUACAAGAGAAUAUCUGAGUUACUUUUUCAAAUAAGUAACGCUAUUUACUUGUUUUCCCAAUUUAUUGAUUGACAUCUCUCCUUUUCCCAUGUUGAGAGAAAUCUUAGGUAUAUUUACAGUUCACAGACGUAAAUUUACUUUCCCUUCAGCCCGAGGUGUAUUCAUUUCACUUUUGGUGUGAAAAGGCUUUUAUAUUUGCCAAAAACUGAAUUUUUGUAUUUUAAAAACAAACAAGAAAGCCCUGUCCAGAUUUAAAAAGUAACGCAAAAGUAACGUAAUGCAUUACUUUCCAUAAAAAGUAACUAAGUAACGUAGUUAGUAACUUUUUUUAUGGAGUAACGCAAUGUUGUAAUGGACUACUUUUAAAAGAAACUUUCCCCAACACUGUUGAGUACAAAGUUCUAUUCAAAAAAUAUUUUAUUUUUUAUUUUUUUCCGUGAGAGACAGAAUAAUCAGAUGUAAUAGUAUUAAAAAUUAAAAAGUAAAUUAUUAUACUAAAAAAUAUGAACAAGUAUAAAACAUAUGUUAACAUGUAUGAAAUUAUUUUUUAUUUUUACAAUUUUAAUUAGUGGAUGCACCGUACGUUUAUACUAUAUUUUUGAGCUGUCUUAAACAUAACCUUUGUUUUGGAAUUAUCUCCUCAGGCAGCAUUUCUGUGUCUGUCAUAAAAUAGGGCUCCUCCAUAAAGACACUCAACUCAUAGGUGAUUAAAAUUGAGUUAUUUAUUGCACAUUUUUUAAUUUUACAAUAUACCAAUGGUUAUAACAUUGUUUACAGAAGCUGUUUCAUUUAGGUAUAUUUACAGUUCAGAAGUGUCAUGAAUGAAUAAUGAUUUGAGAUGAAUGGGUUAUAAAUGGGCAUUAAUGGGUUUAAAAAUCAGAGCUCUAUGAUGCCUUAAAAUGCUGCCUACCUAGCGAGGUUUUGGAACAAAUUAUAUAUUAUUCAUAAUAUCUCAAAUCUGUUCUGUUCAAAGCAUCCAGGAAAGAAAAUGUGUCACUGCCCCCCCCCCCCCCAAAAAAAGCAGCACAACUCUUUUUUACACUGAUCAUAUUAAGAAAUGUUAAGUACGCAUCAAAUCAGCGUAUUACAAUGAUUUCUGAAGGAUCAUGUGACACUGAAGACUGGAGUAAUGAUGCUGAAAAUUUAGCUUUGAUAUCACAGGAAUAAAUGACAUUUUAAAAUAACUUAUACUAAUAUUAUAAGAUUUGGUGAGCAUCAGAGACUUCUUUUAAAAACAAUAAAAAGACCUACUGACUCCAAACUGUAGAGUAUGUGCAAAUUCAAGUCUACAGAUCUAGGCCAACUUUGCAUACCCUUUAAGGAAGUAAACUUGGCAUUUCUUUUGUUUUCAGCUUUUUGAAUAACUCUAGCCUCUGAAAACAGCUUUGCAUUUGAAAACAUGAGCAUAGUCUCUACAGAUGCAUACAGGCGUGCGGUUUAUGCUUUACACAUAUGCUUAUCCUCCAUAAAAGAACUUAAAAUGGGCUACAGGGACUUGUUUAAUGCAUGACGUCUGCAUAGUCUAAAGCCAUGUGACAUGAAACAGUGUUUUACCCUUAAUCUCGACUUCUCAGAGGCUCUACAGUUUGCUGAAGUCAGCAUGCAAUUACGCACAGGCCCUGAGCUGAGGGAACGGUGGAAAGCUGGUACUUUACCAUCCUGUCGCAUAUUCUCUUGAGGUUAGCUUAGUGUCCCUCUUUCACCACAGUUGUUGUCUCACUCUAAUAGUAACAAUUAUUAUUUUUUUAUUAGUAUUAUUUUUUUUAUUUUUUACUCAUGUCCCCCACUCACCUAAAUCUAACAAUGUGUCCUAGUUCACUUCACCUAUUAAAAUUUACAAGCAGCAAGGUGUUUUGUUGUCCCCUUAGGUUCUGAUGCACCCACACUCAAAAAAGGCCAACAAUUAAAGGUAUAGUUCACCUAAAAAUGUAAAUUAUGUCAUUUAAGGGUUAGUUCACCCCUUCAACCCUGUGUCUUACUCACCCUCAAAGCAUCCUAGGUGUAUGUGACUUUCUUCUUAUAGACAAAUUCAAUCAGAGUUAUAUUAAAAAUUGUCCUGGCCCCUCCGAUCCUUUCAAUGGGGGGAAGUGGGUGUUGGUUGUCAACAGUUCAGAAGAUGUUAAAUAAAGAGAACACAUCCGUGAUAAAACGUCCCUCACACAGCCCCAGUGGGUGAAUAAAGUCAUCAUUUUAGCAAAUCCUGCAUUUUUUUUUUUUUAUAAAUAUCCAUAUUUCAAAUGUAAUGAAUACUUUUUUCUCACUUCACUGACUGUGCUAUACGGAAGACGUUCAGGCAGAUGACGUAGGAUGGAUGCGUCAUACCCGUGCCUCUGAGAAAGUUCCCUUACUUUAGUAAAGGAAAACCAGUCUCUUCUUGGCUUAUAUAUCGAAAUCCUUCGUCAUUUUUCUUUACAAAUCCUUGUUUCUAAUUCUAAGCUUUUUGCUUUGUUUUGUCUCUGCAUUCGUCACUAAUCCUGCAAUGUCAAUGUCUUACGUCAUCCACCGGAACGGCUUCCACAUAUGACAGUCAGUGAAAGUGAGAAAAAAAAGUGUUCAUUACGCUUGAACCUUCCUUGUUUACAAGCAAAGGAAUGCUCACGCAUGCUUCGUGGAGCUCUCGUGAAUGCCGACAGAGACUGACCCGGAAGAGAAGAAAUCAUUGAACAAAGUUUUUAUUUUUGUUUUCUUUGCGUUUAAAAGUAUGUUUGCAGCUUCAUAAUAUUAAGGUGGAACCACUGAUGACACAUGGACUAUUUUAACAUUACUACCUUUCUGGGCCUGGGAACAUUUCAGUUGCAUUGACAACAGCUCCACAGCUGUAUGUCAAACAGGAAAAGGUUCCUAUUGGCUGUGAUUUUGUCGCACAUGCAGCAUUUUCACCUUCAGUGUAAAAGUUCUGGUUAGUCUGGAGAGCUGAGCACUUGUUCUAACCUGCCAACUAAGGUUAAUGAGAAUCUCUUUGUAAUGUAGAAAAGCAUUUGCUGACAUUAAACAACUAUCUCUGUUCUUUAAGCUUAUUUAUUGAGUGCCAUUGUGUGUUAAUGAGCCCUCUCUCCCUCAUUCAGUGGAGCUGUAUGAUAUCCAUCAGGUUUUAUUGGCUCCACUGACACUCUCUUUGUAAUACAAAUCAUGGCUUUGUAACAAUAACAACACUAUAAGCAUUAAAGCAAAAUGAAGCUGGUUGAAACGAGACUCGCCAUAUGAUUUAUGAGUGAUAGAAAACCAGAAAUGUUUUGACUAGCAAAUAAUUGUAAAACUUAUCUCCCGUCGCACAAAUGCAUCUACAGCUGCAUGCCUCAUGGUUAUUGUUACAUCUUUAUUUCAAUAUUUCUAUGGAAAACUACUGUCAUUUUGGAAUUGUUUCAAAUAAAUGUAUUUUUGUACAUCAGAUAUGGAUUCCCGUCUGUUAUAUUUUGGGAUUCACACUACAUGUUCACACUAGAGUUGUGGAUCCUGAGUUUCUAAUGAUAUGUUGUUGUCAUUAGUGUCUUUGGGCAAAAUGUGCACAGCUGGUGUGAGCUGGGGGCAAAUUGAGCUGCUACACAAGGAAAACUUCA